AUGUCUCCCAUGCUGGGCUCGCUGCCUCUGAAGCAGUCGGUGCUCGCGGCGCUUGGCCUCGUGCUCCUGCUGUGGGUCGUGGCAUCGCUCACUAGCCCCUAUGUCUUUGCUACUACGGGGUCUGAGCUGGCCUCGCCUAACCUCGACCGUCAGCUGAUAGCCAUGACAACAACGACGGCGACGGAGACAGAGACGACGACAUCAACGGUGACGGCGACAGUGACGGCGACCGUGGCGACUACGGAAGCCGCGGCCGCCGCACCUCCCACGGCCACCCCAUCAUCCCACCUAGACGCGUCGUCGCGGCCCCUGGUCCUGUACGCAUACUCGGACAAGGCCGACGGCAUACCGCUGCAGAACCUCAAGUUCUUCCUCAGCCAGGGCUUGCACGGGGCGGCCGACUUCGUCUUCAUCUUCCAGGGCGAGUCCAACGCGAGCGCGCUGGUGCCCGUGGAGAGCCACGCCAACGUGCGCGUGGUGCAGCGCGCCAAUACGUGCUACGACCUGGGCGCGUACGGCGAGGUGCUGCGCAAGGACGACCUGUGGAAGCGCUACUCGCGCUUCGUCCUGCUCAACACCAGCCUGCGCGGGCCCUUCAUCCCCCACUGGUCCCCGGCUUCGGCCUCGUGCUGGACCGACCUGUUCCUCGACCAGCUGACGGACCGUGUCAAGCUGGUCGGCAUGACCGCCAACUGCUGGCCGCGCUUCCACGUGCAGUCCAUGAUCUGGGCCACCGACAGCGUCGGCAUCGACCUGCUACUAAACCCCCCACCAUCCACAAACUCGUCGUCCAAGGCAGCGACGGCCGCGGCAGACCAGUUCGGCGACGCGACGCAGCCCGUCGGCCUGGCGGGCUGCUACGACGGCUGGGACGCGGCGGUGCACGCCGAGGUGGGCGCGACGGCGCUGAUCCGCGACGCCGGCUACGAGGUCGACGUGAUGAUGGCGGCGUUCCACGCCAGCGCCAACUACAUUGACGAGUGCGACUCGUCGGCCAACGGCGACGUGCUGCGGCCCGGCGCGUACUUUGGCACCGACGUACACCCCUACGAGCUCGUCUUCAUGAAGACGAACCGCGGCGUCAACCCCGUCCAGGUCGGCCGGCUCACCGAGUGGCACCUCGCGCGGAAUUUGACGAGCUGGGAGACGUGCAAGAGUCGUUGA